GGUGUUCGCGUGCCUCGAGGGCGACUCGCCCCUGGGCUGGAAGGAGGCAGCUCCUGGAGGUGAGCGGAGCGCGGCCGGGCUGGUGGAGAUUUUUCAGUGGCAAUAGUGGAACUGUUCUUCAUUGCCUCCUGUUCUGAGAGAUCAACUAUGGAACAUGCUGAAGUAGAUGAAGUAUGUGUUGAGCAAACCCAGAAGUACUGUGUGGAGAGACCAAUAUAUAACCAAAAGCUCUUGGAAGGACAGCUGCACAGACGAGAAAGAGCACCUCAGACUUUCAGGCAGAAGAUUGCACAUUCUUGUCGUUGUUCUUCUAAGAAAGCCAAGUCUCAUCUUUACAGUUUCUUACCAAUUUUAAAAUGGCUUCCCCAUUACCGAGUAAGGGAAUACUUGUUAGGAGACAUUAUCUCAGGUAUAAGCACUGGGGUUAUGCAGCUUCCUCAAGGUUUAGCCUAUGCUAUGCUGGCAGCUGUUCCUCCAGUAUUUGGCCUAUAUUCUUCAUUUUAUCCUGUCUUUCUAUAUACCAUUUUUGGAACCUCCAAGCACAUAUCCAUAGGCACCUUUGCUGUGAUUAGUAUGAUGGUUGGAGGCGUUGCUGUGAGAGAAGUGCCUGAUGAAGUGAUUUCUAUAGGCUAUAAUUCUACUAAUGUUACAGAUACCCCUGAAUAUUACAAUGACAGGGAUGCCAAGAGGGUACAGGUUGCUGUGACUCUCGCCCUUCUUACAGGAAUCAUCCAGUUGUGUUUAGGUCUCCUUCGAUUUGGAUUUGUAGCCAAAUAUUUAACGGAGCCUCUAGUACGAGGAUUUACUACUGCUGCUGCGGUUCAUGUCUUCACUUCCCAAUUAAAAUAUUUAUUUGGCAUUAAGACUAACCGAUACAGUGGACUCCUCUCAGUUGUAUAUAGCAUAGCUGCUGUGCUUUCAAAUAUAACAACGACCAACAUAGCUGCAUUGGUUAUUGGAUUAACAUGCAUUGUUCUACUGUUUAUUGGCAAGGAAAUCAAUCUCCGGUUUAAAAAGCAGCUCCCAGUUCCUAUUCCUAUGGAGAUCAUUGUGGUAAUCAUUGGCACAGGAGUUUCAGCUGGAAUGAAUCUGAAUGAGUCAUACAAAGUGGAUGUUGUUGGGAAUAUUCCUCAAGGGUUACGUCCACCAGCAGUUCCCGAGAUUCAGCUCAUCCCAUCAAUAUUUGUGGAUGCAAUAGCAAUAGCAAUAGUUGGAUUUUCAAUGGCUGUAUCGAUGGCCAAAAUCUUUGCCCUUAAACAUGGCUACACCAUUAAUGGGAAUCAGGAACUUAUUGCCUUGGGAAUAUGUAACUCUGUGGGAUCUUUUUUCCAAAGCUUUUCAGUCACUUGCUCGAUGUCUCGGAGUCUUGUUCAGGAAAGCACCGGUGGGAAAACACAGAUUGCAGGCACUCUCUCCUCCAUUAUGGUUCUGCUGGUAAUUGUGGCUAUUGGAUACCUUUUUGAACCGCUUCCACAGACAGUGCUUGCUGCAAUUGUCAUGGUGAACCUGAAAGGAAUGUUUAAACAGUUUGGAGAUGUCACACACUUCUGGAGAACCAGUAGGAUUGAGUUGGCCAUCUGGGUGGUAGCUUUUCUGGCUUCUCUUUUCCUGGGACUGGACUAUGGUUUGCUUACUGCAGUAGCGUUUGCGAUGAUAACCGUUAUUUACAGAACACAAAGCCCUCAAUACAGAAUCCUUGGUCAGAUUCCUGACACUGACAUCUACUGUAAUGUGGAAGAAUAUGAAGAGGUAAAAGAAUAUCCUGGAAUAAAAAUAUUUCAAGCUAAUGCAUCACUUUAUUUUGCCAAUAGCGAGUCGUAUACAAGUGCACUGAAGAAAAAGACUGGAGUGGACCCUUGUGCAAUAUUAGCAGCAAGGAAAAAAGCCCGGAAGAGGCAUGCCAGGGAAAUCAAGGCAGCAAAUAAACUCAAAAAGAAAGCUGUACUGAAAUUGGUCAAGUCUUCGACUAACGAUGUGGAAGCAAAUGUAAAACAUGAGAUAGCAAAUGAUGAGUUACCUGUAAAUGGGAAAUUUGCAUCUGCAGAUGCUAGCGUACAAGACACAUCUCCUGAUGAACAUGAACAUUUUGUGGAGCCCAAAGCAAACAUCCACUCUUUAAUUCUGGAUUUUGCCCCGGUGAACUUUGUGGAUUCAGUUGGAGCAAAAACACUAAAAUCAAUUAUAAAAGAAUACAAAGAAGUUGGUGUCUGUGUCUGUAUUGCCAGCUGCAAUGGCGCUGUUAUGAAUGAGCUGACAAGACUGAAUUUUUUUGAUAACACUGUAACGAGAGAGUUGCUGUUUCACAGUAUUCACGAUGCUGUCCUGGCUUGCCAAGUGAAAGACAGGUCUGCUUCGCAAGCUGACUGACCUCUGCAGAAUGGCAUCGAGCAGGAUGGAAGCCAGAUUUAUGCUGAUGGAGACUCUUUCUGAAUAUUUAAUUUGCACAAAAGGUUUAAAGAGAGCCUGAGGCCUUUUGUAUCUACGGGUAUAGAGUGGUGCUUAUCUUCUGUAGGAAGAGUGGAUAAGGAAGUGGAAGCCUUCAUGCUCUUGAUUUUAUUCCUUCAAUCAGGGUACAGCCUUCCAACAGCAUACAAGCACCAAAUUAUGCAAGACAAGAAAAUUCAGUGUGUUCUGCUAGAAUCAGGAUCUGACGGAUACGCUGACAUUCCGAUUCCUGUUGAGAAAAUGGGCGCUUUAACUCACAACAAGGUGGCAUCUUGCAGGAAGUAAGUGUUCUGCAACUACAAUGCACUGUCCCAGUGUCUUUAAAGAACUUUCUUAGCUGACUUUUAAAGCCUGAUGUCAACAACUGCAUACAACAGUUGUACAAAAUCAUACAACAGUCUGCCAGCUGGAUUAAUGAAUUCACACUGGUGGCAUUUAGUUGCUGCUCUUUUUAAACCUGGAUGGUACAGUUGGUUUGGGUUUUUUAGGUAUCUGAUCUGUCUCACCUAAACUCUUCAUUGCCUGAAUGUUUUCACUCUAAGUGAGCUUCAAAUAGAAAUGUGUCAUUGAAUUACUACAUUAUCAAUACAGUACUUUCACUGCCAAAACCCAGUUAUGCUUUGUAGAAAAGACUACGCUUGAUUUUGAGCUAAAAUUAGUUUAGCUUCAAAGUUUGAAGACAAAAAUGGUUGAAGGCAAGAGUGAAGCUUAUUAAAAUUACAUUGAGAACUGACACCCAAUGUGCAGUCUCUUAAGCUGGAAUAAAAAUGCAGACAAGGUCUAAAGUCUCAGUGGUCCUCCC